CCCAGAGUGCCCCGCGGCCGCCGGCCCGCCCCCUGCAUGAAUGACUAAUGCCGCACGUUGAGCCCCGCGCCGCCGCCGCCGCCCCCCCCCGCACCCGGCAGCGCCUCCGCUAGCGGCGGCCCCGGGCGGGCGCCACAGUUCUUGUGAGGUUGGUGAAAAUAAGUCUGCAUUCCAGGGAUGCAAGAGGAGCAACAGCCUGAGGCUGCUGCAGAUCCAAUGUCCUCCUCUGAUGCACCAGAAGAUGGACCAAAGGAAACGUCAAGUGUAUCACAGAAUAUCUCUGAUGCAGAGGCAUUUAAAAUCCUUCUGGAGAUGAAGAUGAAGAAGAGGCAGAAAAAACCUUCUUUACCAAGCACUGUGACUGAGCUUGACACUGAGGAUGGUUCUAAAGUGUAUGUGGUUGGAACAGCCCACUUCAGUGACAGCAGCAAAAAGGAUGUAGUGAAGACAAUACAGGAAGUACAGCCUGAUGUGGUUGUGGUGGAGCUGUGCCAGUACAGAGUUUCCAUGUUAAAGAUGGAUGAAAGGACAUUACUAAAAGAAGCCAAAGAAAUAAAUCUGGAAAAACUGCAACAAGCUAUAAAGCAGAAUGGAGUCAUGUCUGGAUUGAUGCAAAUGCUGCUUCUGAAAGUGUCUGCUCACAUCACAGAACAGCUGGGAAUGGCCCCAGGAGGAGAAUUCAGGGAGGCUUUCAAAGAGGCUAGUAAAGUACCUUUCUGUAAAUUUCAUCUUGGAGACAGACCCAUUCCUGUUACGUUUAAGAGAGCAAUUGCUGCACUUUCUUUCUGGCAAAAAGUCAAGCUUGCUUGGGGCCUUUGCUUCUUAUCAGACCCAAUCAGUAAAGAUGAUGUGGAGAAAUGCAAGCAGAAGGACUUACUGGAGCAGAUGAUGGCAGAAAUGAUUGGAGAAUUCCCUGAUCUUCAUCGAACGAUUGUCUCUGAACGUGAUAUUUACUUGACCUACAUGCUGAAGCAAGCAGCAAAGCAGAUAGAACUACCUCGAGCUUCAGAAACUGAACCUAGAAGAUAUAUCCCUGCUGUUGUAGUUGGUGUAGUUGGGAUGGGUCACGUACCCGGAAUUGAAAAGAACUGGAACUCUGACUUGAAUAUCCAGGAAAUAAUGAGCGUGCCUCCUCCGUCAGCUUCAAGUAAGAUUUUCAAACUUGUCGUAAAAGCAACAGUUUUUGGACUGAUGGGAUAUGGCUGCUACCGGAUAGGUCAAAGGACAGUUCAGUUCAUUCUCUCAAUGCCAGCAGCACAGAGCUAUCUCCAGAAGCUGACAGAAAUAAGGUCUCAGCAUUGAACACCCAGCAGAGGCACAAUGUGAAGAAGGUGGCUGACAAGAGUGAUGGAGGCAACAGAUGGGAACCAGACUGAACGAAGAGAGAAAUGAGGAUUCUAGCCCAGAGGUGAUUGCUGAGCAAAACUGAAUUGCUGUAUAAUAAAAGAUACGAUACUGAUGUUACACCAGCUAUGAUCUAAUGAGUAAGCUUGAUUCCUGGUGUGUUGCAUGAAACCACAUGAUUUCAGAUUGAGGCAAAUGAAAUACGUACACAAGUGUAUAUAUAUUAUAUAUAUAAGUACUGUAUAUAUAAUAUAUAUUAUUGAUGAUGUAGUACAGACAGCUUAAAGAGUGUAUGUUCAUGACCUUUUUUUUCCCAGAGGAACAGAACAACACAAAGUAACCAAAUUUGGCUGUGUCUGCUCUGAAAUUCAGGGACACCUGCCUUGAAUGAUUCUUUGUUUUUUGUCUCUUUUUCCUUGGGUCUAGUAAUACUCAGUGGUCAUUUUUGGUGCCAGACACUUUUAAACAUAACUUAGAAGAACGUCUUCUCAAUGUGUGUUUUAUACUUAAAAACAUUUAGGCUUUUUUUAAACUUAAGAGCUUUCCAAAAGUUUCAGAAUUUUACAGGCUGUCAUACGUACACUGCUCCCAUUUUUACAAGCCUUACUGAAGAACAGAAACGUUGCCUUUCGAUUGCGUCCCUCAUUACCGCCACCAGCUGAAUCGUCUUUCUCCUGCAUAGAGAAGGUAUAGCCACACCAUCAGAACGCAAUGUGGUUUGUCAGAUGUUUACAGGACACUCUGUUCCUUUAGAUUAGGUUAUUUAAAUUGUAUUAUUUAGCCAAAUCCUGCUGGAUUCAGUGUUGUAAAUUUAAGAGGCUAGAACUACUGUACAAGUUACUUUUGUUUCUCGGACCUUCCAUUACUGGGACAAGAAGUCUGGAAUUGAUAGUACCUGCCCCUCAUUUUUGAUACAUGAAAAUAUUUUAUUUAUCAAUGUGAUUUCUCAGUGGAUGAAUAUUUUAAUCUAUUUAAUAGAAAAGCAAUGUUCAACUUAGCUUUUUCAAACUAGCUGUAGCAUUUUAUUUGGGUUACUUGCUAUUUAUACAUAGAAUUAUGGGUACUUCACACUGCUGUGAUGUUUAUAAAUUUUCCAGAACAGCCAUCUGUCAUCCAUUUCUUUUUCUUUUUUGAAUCCUAGGCUCAUACGUAAUAGGAGGUUUUGGUGCCCUUUGUAGAGGAUUGUCGAUGAUUGUAAAGUGCCCUCGGCAAUCAGCUAGUCCCGGUUCAGCAGUGCGAAUAGUUUUAAUCGUCAUAUCAAAGUUUUAACCUGGUGUAUUUGAAUGGAAGAAGCCCAUUUGCUCCUCGGGCUCACAUACAGUAGCUCAUUGAUUAAAGUGGGGUUUUUAAUCUAUAUUAAUUUCUUUUGGGAUUGGAAAAUGAGAACUGGUGUUUGAGGCAAGAGGAGGAAAAGGUGAUCGUGUGCUUUGUGUUUCUUUGCUGGUUUUGGUUGGUUCGAUAAAAUCAACAAAUGUUUUUAGUAGGGUGAAUUUCCAGAGCCGUGUGUUGGAAAUCAUCGUAAACGGUCUAUUGUUUGCUGAAAGUAUGUACAUGUAUCUUCCACGCAGUGUUGUCUUUUUCAAGCUUUUUAAAUGAAAUUAAGGGUCUGAUGCCCCUCUCCGUGAUGGCUGGGAGCCGGUCUGUCCAUGCGACCUGACGCUUUUCUGCCUUGCACUUUGCAAAUUUUGAGUCCCUGUGCAGCAAGUCAUUUAAGCGCAUGUUUGUCUUUAAACCUGUUAAAUCAAACCCAAUCCUGCAGAGCUCUUAAGACAAUGCAAGGUGCUUUUCUGGAUCUGGGCCCUUAGUGUUGUGCAGGGAAUACACCUCAGCAAACGAGAAUGGCAGCAAUUCACACUGCUUCAGCCCAGGAGUGUAAAUGCCCUUGGAGUGGAGUCGGGUCCUGUUAUUUUCCAUCUGUGAGUGCUUAAAAAACCACCAGCUAUCUCUAGCAAGAUGAAAAGUAGCGUUUAUAAACAACUUACGGAAGACUAGAGUGACUGCCUGACUUUUGAUUCCUGAUUUUUUGUAAAGGUUUAAUGUAUUGUUUACAAUUAAGCAGUCCUAUUUGAAGAAUUCUAUUACACUUUAUGUAUGUUUUUAAGAGAUGAAAGCAAAAGCUUAAGCUCAUUCUUCUCCUGGCUUUACUGAAAUACCAAAAGGUGGUGGUUGUUUUGUGGUUGUUUUUGUUUUGUUUUGAGAUCUUUUAAGCUGGUAGAGAUCAAUAUAUUGAUAUCUCGCUUUAAGAUAUCUACAGAUUUUUAAGGUAUCUGCAGAUAUUUUAGAAGCUCUGUAGAUCUUUGAUAUCUGUGCUCAGGUAAUUUUACACAAAAGAAAACAAAUCUAUGGUAAACUUUAGAUAUGAGCCUUAAACUUGGGUGGGACUAAUGCUAAAUGAUUGUCAUGGAGCAUUCUUGCAGGCUUAAUGUGUUACGCUUUUAGCCAGAAGUGUAAGUUGUCCAUUUGUUAUUCAGUCCUUUUCUGCAGUUAAUAUCUCAAGUCUGUUUCUCUUUCUUUUUUUUUUUUCCUCAAAGCAUAUCAGCAGAUUCUUAAAGGAGUCUGUGGACAGAGAAUUUGUGAUUUCUUCCCACUAUUGCAAACUGGCAGAUCAUAUGCCUGCACUGUUUACUCAGUGGCACUUGAAAAGCCUGAUGAAUUUGCAGAACUAACGGUCCUGCGAAUCCAUACGUGAAUGCUCGAUGUUCUGUAUUCAAUGUGUUAUACUGUCUAUGUAACAAUCAGUGUUCUAGGUCCAUUCUCUUCUGUUCUGGUCAGUCCUUUCAGUGUUAAAAGCAUCCUGUAAAAUUUAAAUAUAUGUUGAAUUGUCCCAGCCCCACCUCAACCUUAUGAAGCCAUAUUGUAUUUUUGGGGGGACAUGUACAUCUGCUUAUGCAUUUGUACAUGCAGUGUAAAUUUGAAGUAUUUUUAACAAUGUGUGCCUUUACUCUAAAGUGAUUUAAAGUAAACAGCAGUAUGUUCUAUGAUAUAAAAAAUAAAAUAUUUUAACCACCGUU